ACUUCGGACACUUUGGUUUGUCUUUGGUUUGGUAUUUUGGUGCUCUCUUUGUCUUUGGUUUGGUAUUUGGAAGUUUUGCUCCGGGAACCUACAAAAUUGAAGAACGACAUUUGGUCGAUUACUUGUGAAUUACGAAUAAAUUUGGUAUCUAAAUUGGGACUUGGUUCUGUUGUUAGUUUGGGUUCGUAAUUUGCGAGUAGAUCGAUAGUCCGUACUUCAAUAACUGGAACGAGCAAAACUUGGACGUAACAUAAAGUUCUUCAAUUAUUGGUUCUGUGUUCAUACCUUGGAUUUUCUGGAUAUUUUGGGUCCAAAUUCCUGGUCUUAUUGGUGGAUUUCGUUUGGAUUAAUUCGGAUUUGUUUUGGUGAUUGAUUAUUCGGAACAACGAUAACGAUGGAAACACGGAGCAGAAGGCUGAAGGAAAAUGACGAAAUGGAUGGUAAAACUUCCAAAGCUGUUUGUGGUAUGUCUGAUGUUAAUGAUGAUAAAUGUGAUGAUGUUAGUCUUAAUAGUAUGUCCUCUAACCAGCUAAGUACUUCUAGACUAAAGUUAGAUAAAGCAUUACUGAGGAAAAGGAAUUUAGAGAAGAGACUUGAAUUAGAACGGCAACUUAAGAUGUUAGAUCUACAAGAGGAGGUUGAUAUCGCUGAACUAGAAUGCAAGGCCAUUGAGGACGAUGAACGAUUACCCGUAGAUAAAUGUGGGAUAAAUGCUAAAGUGAAAAAUUAUUUGGAUUAUGAUACUGGGUGUAAUGAUCAUUCAGAGAAGGUAUGUAACAUCUCAAAAAUUGAUUGGGUUGAGGAACUGAAGGAUACGUUACAUACAAUGGUUAGUAACAUGGUUUUACCUAAGAUCGAUAUGAUGUACUUUGAUGGGCAACCGGGUCAGUAUUACCGUUUCAUUAGUCAGUUUAAUAGCCUUAUAGAGAGUAAAUUGUCAGAUAAGGGCCAAUUGUUGUCGUAUUUGUUAUACUAUUGUAAGGGAAAAGCCAGGACAGCUAUUGAAGCUUGCAUCUCAUUGCCCAUUCAUCUGGGUUAUGAUAGGGCGACAGAUUGUCCAAGGUUAGCAAAAAUGAAUGUAAAAGAAAGGAGGCAGGAGGUAAGAAAACGUGGUCUAUGUUACUUAUGUUUGAGGAAAGGUCACAUAGCUAUGACAUGCAGCUCGGGCUUCAAGUGCGACGUUGAGAAUUGCAAGGUUAGGCAUAAUUCAUUAUUGCAUAUUGAUAGUACUGAUAACCAUGUGGUGAACCUAGCUAAGGAUUGGAACUCUUCAAAGGUUUGUUUGGGGAUCGUUCCAGUCAGACUAUACGGUCCCAAAGGAUGUUUGGAAACAUAUGCACUUCUAGAUAGUGGUUCGGACACUUCUCUUGUAUGUGAAGAAUUAAUUAACCAGUUGGGUAUCAAAGGUAAAGAGACUUCGAUAAGGGUGGCUACUGUGAACGGAACUACCAAUUGUGAAUGUUUGGAGGUAAAUUUAGAGGUAUUUUCAUUAGAUGAACGGGGUUCUAUAAGGAUCAACAAAGUUUACACGACCAAGAAACUUCCGAUUGAUCAUGCAGCCCCUUUAACCGAACUCCAACUGAAGCGGUGGAAACAUCUGAAGGACAUAACCCUUCCUAGGUUGCAAAGUAAUUUCGUAGGAAUAUUAAUUGGAUGUGAUGCUCCGGAUGCACAUUGGGUCCUGGAACAACGUCUGGGGGACAGGAAGCAUCCGUUUGCUGUGCGUACUCAUCUUGGUUGGAUGAUUAUAGGUCCUAAGGGAGUAUCAAGGUCUCUACAUCAAGUUCAGUGGUGUCAUUGUUCCACUAAUGAUAUUUUGCGAGAUUUAGGAAGAUUAUAUGAUCAUGAGUUCGAGGAUACAAAUAAGUUUCGUGAUGGAUAUCCUGUCAAAGAUAAAAAAGCUCUAGAAAUAGCUAGCAGUUCGUUUAGAUUGGAGGGUGGUCGUUUCCAAGUUGGUCUACCAUGGAAGUAUGAUAACCCAAGACUACCGAAUAAUUUGGAACUAGCUGGACGCAGACUGGAAUGCUUAAGGAGGAGGUUUAUGAAAGAUAACAGUCUUUUGGAGAAAUAUCAAGUGGUGAAUAAACAUUUAAGAAAGGGCUACAUCAUUGAAGCUAGUGAAGAGGGAUUUGACUAUGAUGCUGUUUGUUGGUAUAUUCCUCAUCAUCCUGUUAUCAACCCUAAAAGGCCUGGAAAAUUGAGAAUUGUUUUUGAUUGUGCGGCUGUCUAUCAAGGUUGUUAUCUUAAUGACCAGCUUUUGAGAGGACCGAAUACUGUAAAUAGUUUAAUUGGUGUACUUCUACGAUUCAGAUUAGGUAACGUAGCAUUAGCUGCUGAUAUCGAAGAGAUGUUUCUUCAAAUAAAGAUUCCGAGACAAGACAGGGGAGCAUUUCGUCUAUUGUGGUGGGGAGACGGUGAUAUACGACGAACGGAUAAGGCAAGAGUAGCCCCCUCGAAGGUCCAAGCUAUACCGCGCUUGGAAGUUACAGCAGCAGUUUUGACAGCUCGCAUGGGAUCCCAGCUGCAGUCAGAAUUAGGUAUUAAGUUGGCAGAGGUUAAUUUUUGGACGGAUUCUAUGAUUGUCUUACACUAUAUUAGAAAUGAGAAAAGCCAGUUUAAAACAUUCAUAGCAAAUCGAAUUUCGACUAUUCAGAGUCUUACUAAGGUGGACCAAUUGAGAUUCGUACCUUCUAAAGAAAACAUAUCAGACUUUGCAUCCAGAGGGGUCAAGUUUGGCAUUGAUGAUGUCAAGGUAUGGGAGGAGGGUCCACGUUUUCUCAAGAAGUCGAAGGAGUGUUGGCCUGCCGAUGAUGUACAAGGUCCUGACCCUCAUCUAUUGGAAGUAAAGAAGGCAAUGUCGGCGCAUGUAAUGGCUGAAAAAUCCACUGUUGAUCAACUUAUUAAUUACUAUUCAGAUUAUACUAAAUUACUUAAGGCUGUUGCAUGGUUAACCCGAUUCAAGCGAUAUCUAUUGAUCAUGCGUUCUGGUAGAACAGAUCUGUCUCUACAGGUGGGUAUGCUCAGAGUUGAUGAAUUAAACUUAGCCUGUUUAGAUUUAAUUCGAUAUGUCCAAUGCAGAGUAUUUCGGAAAGAGAUUGAAAUAUUGUCGUCUGAUACUAUUAGCAAGGUGAAGAUAACGAAUUCACCGUUAAGAACUUUAAAUCCAAUGAUGAUUGGAAGAUGGGCUUUAUGUUCUGCGGACUCAAAUAGUUGUUUGUGUGUGAAUAUGCAAUGGUACCUGAAGCCAUGUGUUAUGGUUAUUCAUUCUCUAAAAGAACUAGAAGGGUCCAAUGUUACGAUUUGGAAUCAGAAUAAAGAGUUCGCAGUAAAUAAAGGAAUUAAUGGAUUGGUCCUCUAUAUGUGUUUAUAUAUCCAUAUUUACGUUAGCGUGUAUGAGCUUCUAUGGAGGAUGAAGCAUUUUGUUAGAUGGUUGAUAUUGCGAUUGUUUAUGUUGGCGCAAAUAUUUUGGAAACGUUUGUCUAAGGAAUAUGUUUCAUUGUUGCAACUUAGACACAAAUGGACUCAACCAGAGAUGAACAUAGGAGAGAGUAACUUGGUGACGACAUGUACUGGAGUUUUAGAGAAAGACAAAUGGUUAUUAGGUCUGGUAAUGAAAAUGAUACCUAAUAGUGAUGGGUUAAGACCGAUGGAGUUGCGGACAAGCGUAGGGAUCUUGAUAAGAGAUAUUAGAAAACUGCGUCUAGAAGUUGUAGCUAUUAGGUAGCUACUCGGAUCCCUAGGCGUACUGGUGUAAGUCCUAGGGAUCACGAGAUUGUUGGUAUAUUGAGUGUUUGUUGUUGAUUGUUUGUGAUGCAUAUAUUUGGAUUCUUGUUGUCUAUUUAUUUGUCUGUGAAAAGAACCAAGGUUCUUUUGGUCGGGAGUGUUACGGGAGAACUGAAGACAUUUGGCGGAUUAAAACCUUUUAUUGUACAUUAUUAAUUUACUGUGUUUUUGGAUGUAAUUGUUUUACUUAAGUUUUGAACUUGUUUGUUUAUAUCAUUACUUCGGACACUUUGGUUUGUCUUUGGUUUGGUAUUUUGGUGCUCUCUUUGUCUUUGGUUUGGUAUUUGGAAGUUUUGCUCCGGGAACCUACAAAAUUGAAGGUUUGUUUUGUAAGUGUUAUAGUUAUUGUUAUUAGAACGACAUUUGGUCGAUUACUUGUGAAUUACGAAUAAAUUUGGUAUCU